UUAUAGGCGCGGAACGGGCGCUGCGCAGACGGAGCGAGCGGGCGGCACCGGGAGUACCGGCGGCUGUAUCGCGGCCCAUCCCCGCGCGAGCGCCGAGAACCCCCCCCCGCCGAGCCCCGAUCCGCCUUCCCCGAGCUCCCCUCCGGCCGCCGCUGAGCCUUUUGUUUCUGUUCGCGCAGCGCCUGAGCGCCCCCGCCCAGCUUUGUUCUCCUUGCGGCCCCUGCGGGGAAGGCGCGGCCAAGAUGGACCCUUGUCACACCGAGGAGACCGAGGGCGAGAUCCCCGGCUUGGGCUUCAGUGACCGAAGCGAGCAGAUUGUUUCACGUGGGGUAGCGUCAGCCUUUGAAGCUGCAACCACGGAAGCAGAGACAGAGCAGAGCCUCACCCCGAAUGUGAUGCUGAACACAGAGAGCAGCGAGGGAUACGUGGUGAAAGUCCGGGGGCUGCCUUGGUCUUGCUCCACCGAGGAGGUGCAGAGGUUCUUCUCCGACUGCAAGAUUCUGAACGGGGCUUUGGGUAUCCGUUUCAUCUACACCAGGGAGGGCAGACCAAGUGGAGAAGCAUUUGCUGAACUUGAGUCAGAGGAGGAUGUGAAAUUGGCCUUGAAAAAAGACAGAGAAACAAUGGGACACAGAUACGUUGAAGUUUUCAAGUCAAACAACGUUGAAAUGGAUUGGGUUCUGAAGCAUACUGGUCCCAACAGCCCUGAUACAGCUAAUGAUGGUUUUGUACGUCUUAGAGGACUCCCAUUUGGCUGUAGUAAAGAAGAAAUUGUACAGUUCUUUUCAGGGUUGGAAAUCGUGCCAAAUGGGAUAACAUUGCCGGUGGACUUCCAGGGGAGGAGUACGGGGGAGGCCUUCGUGCAGUUUGCUUCACAGGAAAUAGCUGAAAAGGCUCUAAAGAAACACAAGGAAAGAAUAGGGCACAGGUACAUUGAGAUCUUCAAGAGCAGCCGAGCAGAGGUGCGCACUCACUACGACCCUCCCCGCAAGCUGCUGGCCAUGCAGAGACCCGGGCCGUACGACAGGCCCGGCCUGACGCGCGGAUACAACAGCCUGGGUAGAGGAAGUAGCUUGGAGAGAAUGAGGCGUGGAGCCUACGGAGGAGGUUAUGGAGGUUAUGAUGACUACAAUGGGUAUAAUGAUGGCUAUGGGUUUGGUUCUGAUAGAUUUGGAAGAGAAUGGACUCUUUUCUCCGCAGGGAUGUCGGACCACAGGUACGGCGACGGAUCGUCCACCUUCCAGAGCACGACCGGCCACUGCGUCCACAUGCGAGGCCUGCCCUACAGAGCCACGGAGAACGACAUCUACAACUUCUUCUCACCUCUGAACCCUGUAAGAGUACACAUUGAAAUCGGACCAGAUGGCAGAGUAACCGGAGAGGCUGACGUUGAGUUUGCUACUCAUGAGGACGCAGUGGCUGCUAUGUCCAAAGACAAAGCAAACAUGCAACACAGAUAUGUAGAGCUCUUCCUGAAUUCUACAGCAGGAGGAACUGGUGGUGCCUAUGGCAGUCAGAUGAUGGGAGCAAUGGUCAAGGAAUCGGAAGGGGUGGUCCAAGAUUGGAACACUAGCACAUUGCCAGCACAAGUCUUAAAUGCCUGUUGCUGUUAUGCCUCUAAGACAGAUACCCUCCUGACACCCAGCUGGGCUGGUUUCGGAGAUGAAGGGAGCCAAUCCAGUUACGGUGCUCCAGGCAACCAGCAGCUGAGUGGGGGCUACGGAGGAGGAUAUGGAGGUCAAAGCAGCAUGAGUGGCUAUGACCCCGGGAGCCAGGGCGCCAUGAACAGCAGCUACUACAGCAGUGGGAACCGCGCAUCCAUGGGAGUGAACGGCAUGGGCGGCAUGUCCAACAUGUCCAACAUGAGUGGUGGCUGGGGAAUGUAACCAAUCGCUGACUUUUGGUCACAUCUUUUUUAAAAAACAAAAAAACAAAAAACUAAGUUUAACAGUUUUGCAAUACGAGCUUGUGAUUUAUGCUUUACUGUAAGUGAAUUCAGGAUUGUUUUAAAACCUUUCAGGUUCAGUAUUUUUGAACAUACAGAAAUGAACAUUCAUCUAGGAUGUAAUAACCAAGUAAAGACUAUAACUGUUAAACAAUUUGGAGCGUUUCUCAAGUUAGUUUUGUUGUAGGAGUGUAUUUAAGCAGUAAGCGUAUUUAGGUUAAAGCUGUUUGAAUUAUGUUAAAUGUUGCUCUUAUACCAUAUUACAUCCAACACUGUUUUGAAUACAUGUUGAAAGAGACAUGCUUUUUUGUAAAGAACCAAUAUAGGAGCUGUGUCUGAAAAUCAAAGUGAACAUUUGGCAUGUUAGUUCUAGUUUAUUUCUUUUAAUAUCCUGUAAGGCAUGUUAAAGCUUUUUUUUUUUAAGUUAAUGGGGGAAACAUGUUGAGACGCAAUACGGCUACUUUAGGAUUUUGGUCUUGGUGUUCGUAUAAAAUUCUGAGGCCUUGAUUUAAUCUUUCAUUGUAUUGUGAUUUCCUUUUUAGGUGUAUUGCGCUAAGUGAAACUUGUUAAAUAAAUCUUCCUUUUAAAAACUGGAA